AUAUAUAAUAUAUAAUAUAUACACAUAUACAGUUAUGGAACCUAGUAUAAUAGAGACUUCUGAGACCGAAUCAUUUUCAUCUGAUCAUAGUAAAAAGGGUAAGACUCAAGAAGAAUCGGUGGAUACAUCACUAGACAGUCUAUUUGAACAAUUAAGUCAAGAGACAAAUGGAAUAAGAGAUGAUGAGACACAAGAAAAUCAGCCAGAAUUUAAACAAAUCCAAGCAUCUAUAAGGAAUUUACCUAAAAUAAAUAGUGAAUUAGAAAAAAAAUUAAAUCAAGUGUCUAGUUCUAAAACUGAUAUAGUAAGAAUCAAUGAUCCAAUAAUAAGUAAGAGUGCCAAAGUUGAAAGCAAUGAUUCUGGAUCAAGAUGGUUCAAUAUGAAACAACCAGAAUUAACUCCUGAACUCAAACGAGAUUUACAGAUAAUUAAACAAAGAAGUGCAUUAGAUCCAAAAAGACAUUAUAAGAAAGAUAAAUGGGAAGUUCCCAAGUAUUUUCAAAUGGGGACAAUUAUUGAAGGUAAUGCUGAAUUUUAUUCCGCUAGAUUAUCUAGAAAACAACGUGGUAAUACAUUAGUUGAAGAAAUAUUGCAUGAUGAUGAUACUAAGAAAUAUUUUAAGAGAAAGUAUUCUGAAAUUCAACUGUCUAAGACAAGUGGUAAAAAGGGUCAUUAUAAAAAGGUUAAGGAAAUGAGGAAAAAGUUUUAAUAUUUCUUAAA